AUGGCACAGCCAAUAGAGCGCAACCAGGAUGCAACAGUCUACGUCGGCAACCUCGACGACCGAUGCUCAGACACACUUGUCUGGGAGCUGAUGGCGCAAGCAGGACCCGUCGUUAAUGUACAUUUGCCCAAGGACAGAGUGACACAGAUGCAUCAAAACUACGGAUUCUGCGAAUACGUAUCAGAAGACGACGCGGACUAUGCCUGCAAGAUCCUCAAUCAGGUCAAACUCUACGGAAAGCCCCUCAGGAUCAACAAAGCAACAUCGGACAAGAAGAACCUCGAUGUGGGUGCCUCGCUCUUCAUUGGAAACCUUUCGCCCGACGCAGACGAGACAUUACUUCGCGACACAUUCAGCGCUUUUGGAACAAUCAUGGGACACGCCAAAGUGGCACGCGAUCUCGAGACGGGUCAAUCGAAGGGAUAUGGUUUCGUCAGUUUUGACAACUUUGAGAGUUCAGAUGCAGCUAUCGAUGCCAUGAACGGACAGAUCUUGGCCAACAAGCCCAUCACAGUCGGAUAUGCCUACAAGAAGGACGGAAAGGGAGAGCGACACGGAUCAGCCGCAGAACGUUUGAUCGCUGCUCAAGGAAAAAAGAACCAGCCUAUGCCAAAUCGUUUCUUCGCAGACAUUCCAGGAGCGGGACCCGGAGCGGGAUCUGGACCAGGUGGAUUCAUACCCACAGGAGCCAACGCUGCAGCACCCAUGUCUCGCCCACCACCCUUUUCACAGCCCCAUGGACAACCCCUCGGCAUGCCACGGCCACCAGCACCGUAUGGUCAGCCUCCACGGUUCGGCGGAUAUCCUAAUCAUAUGCAACCCCCGCCACAGCCACAAUACCACGGAAGCAAUGCCAUUCCUCUGGGUCAACCAUCAAGGCCUCCUCCUUUUGGCGCCAUUCCACCACCUGGCGCACCGCUUCCUCCUCCCCCUGGCAUGUAUGGGCACAACCCUAACCAGCCUCCAAUGAUGCAAGGAGGACCACCCCCUCCCCACGGGUAUCCUCCAAUGCAGCAGCCAGGAUACCCAGGGGCACCCCCACCCCCAAUGAGGCCCCCAGGAAACUAUGCACCCUAUGGCGCACCUCCACCACCCCCAGGCUACCAGGGCUAUCCUGGCCAGUAA